UUACAAUGUACUGUAAUGUUAUACAAUAAAGAACGUACAUAGGUGUAGUAGGAACGUGUUUUAAGGCGUUUUGACAGUCGGAGUUUGCGCGUUGAAAAUGUCAAAGUUCACUCGCAGUUCUCCUUUGGAGCGUUUGUUUGGUGUGAAUAAGAAAUAAAAUAAUGUUUGUGUGAUAAUGUGUCAUUGUUGUGAUGUGAUAUUUUUAAAACCUUUAAUUAGGAUGUGAAAUCAGAUAUUUUUUGACCCUAGUAAAUACUGACUCAGUCAAGAUGCUGAUCAAAGAGUAUAGAAUUCCUUUACCUCUCACAGUAGAGGAAUAUAGGAUUGCGCAGCUGUACAUGAUUGCAAAAAAAAGUAAAGAAGAAAGCACUGGUGAAGGCAGUGGUGUUGAAAUCCUGGUCAAUGAGCCAUAUGAAGAUGGGCCUGGAGGUAAAGGUCAGUACACACAAAAAAUAUACCAUGUUGGUAGUCAUUUGCCAGGGUGGUUUAAAAGUCUACUGCCAAAAUCAGCUUUAACAGUUUCAGAAGAAGCUUGGAAUGCUUAUCCUUACACAAAAACAAGAUAUACUUGUCCAUUUGUUGAAAAAUUCUCAUUAGAAAUAGAAACUUAUUACUUUGCUGAUAAUGGCCACCAAGAAAAUGUCUUCAAAUUAUCUGGCAGUGACUUAAAAAAUAGAAUAGUUGAUGUUAUUGAUGUUGUAAAAGAUCAACUUUAUGGCGCUGAUUAUGUUAAAGAAGAAGACCCAACAAUAUUUGUGUCUCAGAAAUGUAACAGGGGUCCCCUAACCGAGUCUUGGCUAGAGGAUUAUUGGAGAGAGGUUCAGGGAAAACCACAACCUUUGCCAAAUGGAAAAUCACUAAUGUGUGCUUACAAACUAUGUAGGGUAGAAUUCCGAUACUGGGGCAUGCAAACCAAACUCGAGAAAUUUAUUCAUGAUGUUGCUUUGCGGAAAACAAUGUUACGCGCUCAUCGCCAGGCGUGGGCCUGGCAGGACGAGUGGCACGGCUUAACGAUGGAAGAUAUACGGGAAAUAGAACGACAGACUCAGUUAGCACUCCAGAAAAAGAUGGCUGGAGACACCAGUGACGAGCAGGAUAUCUCUGAGGAUAAUUCUAAAUCUCUAGCUGCCACAAUGAGUAGCCUGGAAAAGAACGAAGACGUGGCGACUCCGUUAGUGACAAAGAAAAAUAAUUUAGAAAAGAAAAUGCAAAAGCAUUUGAGCCCAGAGGGAACUCCGCCAUCAGAACACAAAAGUUCCAAAUCUAAUCCUAGAUCAUCGUCCUCCGGAUCUAUAAAGAGUUUGCAAGCGCAAGCAGCUAACUGGCGCAUGGAAACUCUCGUUAGAGAAUCUGAGACGGAAACUGGUUCUGAGGAUGAAUUCUACGACUGUGAAUCUUCGUUAAACAAAUGGUCAUCAAUGUGCUCGCUCGAUGAAGGAGACAUCGAUAUAUCACCGACACAAGUAGACCAGAACCAAGAAGACAGUAUAUUUAAUCCCUCGUUCCUCAAAAGAGUUACAUCUGAGAGAGGCUCUCGCCGCAUCGGCACGUUACAAAGUCACCAGAGUAUUGACGGCGGCCCUGAUACUCCAGUUCACGGCUCGUGUCAAACAACAGUAUUAAUAUUAGUAUUUCAUGGUGGUAGCGUUUUAGAUGCCAAUAUCGAUAUGACUGCUAAGAAAUCAGAUGUAACAACUUUUAAGGGUGCAUUUGAAUCUGUCAUGCGCCAACACUAUCCGACUCUUGUAGGGCAUAUAAUAAUAAAGCUAGUUCCCUGUCCAUCUAUUUGCACGGAAAGUUUAGGGAUAUUAUCCACAUUGAGUCCUUAUAGUUUUGAUUGUUCACCAUCUACGAUUGAAACACCAUCUCUUACUAACGAUUUAAUUCCUAUUGGUGCGAUUCCUUUAAUUGCUACUAAUUCGCCAGAUUAUCCCGAGUCUGUAACGAAGACUAUUAACUCUGCCAAUGCGGUUUAUAAUGAAUUUAUAAAAUCAAGUGAUGGCAAAGGAUUUAGUGGACAAGUCUGCAUAGUUGGUGACAGCAUGGGCGCUGUUCUCGCCUACGACUCACUUUGUCGUACUUUGCGGUACCAGUCGCGGCAUGACAGCGAAAGCAGCAUUUUAGACACCGAAAUAACCAUUCCUAAUGAUCCAACAGAAAAUUAUAUAAAUAAAUCUCAUCUCCAAGCUCCCACCCCGCGAAGAAGGUCGUCUUCCACGAGUGAUAACCAGGUCAAACUGGAAUUUGAAGUCAGUGAUUUCUUUACAUUCGGUAGUCCUUUAUCGGUUAUCGUUGCAUCGAGAAAAAUAGCCGAUGAUAAAUAUCGUGACAUUGUUAAACCACCAGUUCAACAAGUGUUUAACUUAUUUCAUCCGACUGAUCCAGUGGCUGCUAGAGUGGAACCUUUACUAUCGGCUAGGUUCACAAAUUUGCCACCUAUUAACAUUGCGAGAUAUGCUAAAUAUCCAUUAGGUAACGGCCAACCAUACCACUUAAUGGAAUUAAUCCAGAGUCACCCACAAUUGUUUGGAGAUCAUUUGCAAAUGCCGCCAACUCCGGUAUUGAGAAGGCUAUCCGAAGUAUCGAUGCAAAGUACAGUCAGUGGGUUAGUCGAUAAUAUUCCACUAAUUACUAUGAAUGCAUUGCAACAAAAGUGGUGGGGAUCCAAACGAUUAGACUAUGCUUUGUAUUGCCCAGAAGGAUUAAGCAAUUUCCCAAUGAAUGCUCUGCCUCAUUUGUUUCACGCUAGUUACUGGGAGAGUUCUGAUGUUAUUGCGUUUAUUCUGCGCCAAGUUGGACAUUUUGAUUUGGCUCUAUACGGUCACUCAGAAGAUAAGGAUAACCAGUCGUUCAAGCCCGGUCAAGAGAGGGAAAAGUGGAUUAAAAAGAGGACAUCAGUUAAACUAAAGAAUGUUGCAGCCAAUCAUAGAGCUAAUGACGUGAUAGUCAAGGAAGGAUGUCCGCAAAUGUUUACAGCCAGAUUUAUGUAUGGUCCACUAGACAUGAUUACGUUAACGGGCGAGAAAGUCGAUAUUCAUAUGAUGAAGGACCCUCCAGCAGGAGAAUGGACGUUGUUGUCUACAGUUGUCACAGAUAAAACUGGUAGAAUCUCCUAUUCUUUAACUGAAAAACAAAGCGUGGCUUGUGGUAUAUACCCGCUAAGACUUGUUGUCAGAGGAGAUCAUACGAGCUGUAGUUUCCAUCUAGCUGUUGUUCCCCCUGAAACAGAAUGCGUGGUUUUCAGUAUUGACGGCUCCUUUACCGCGAGUGUAUCUGUGACUGGCCGAGAUCCAAAGGUUAGGGCGGGUGCAGUGGACGUAGUACGCUUCUGGCAAGACUUGGGUUACCUUAUAUUAUAUAUCACUGGGAGACCUGAUAUGCAACAGAGGAGAGUCGUGUCGUGGUUAGCAGAGCAUAACUUUCCUCACGGACUAGUAUUUUUCUCUGAUGGGUUCUCAACAGACCCCCUAGGGCACAAAGCGGCACAUUUAAAAAGCCUCAUAAGCGAACAUGGCAUUAUUCUCCAUGCCGCAUAUGGAUCCGGAAAAGAUAUUAGCGUAUAUAACAACUGUGGAUUGUCUGCUAAGCAGAUAUAUGCAAUUGGGCGCAUCAGUAAAAAGUAUAACCAUAUGGCUACGACUUUGAAUGAUGGUUACGCUUCUCAUUUGGCCGAUUUAAAGUCGCCUGGUGCUGUUCGACCUGCGAGGGGGAAUGCGCGCUUGCUGGUGCCGCGCCGAUUACUGGCUCCAGUGGCUAGCGUGUCCACUCGCGGCCGCCGUUAACUCAAACCUAUUCUGUAUCAUUCUUGGCACUGGCAUUGCAUGUAAAUUAGAUGAAGGCAUUAACAAGGAAUGAGUAUCAUCGUGGAUGGUGAGCAAUAUAAAAUGAAAUGAUCUUUGAAAAAUGGAUGCGUCUUUAAUGCUGUUAAACUGCUAUUGGUUGUUACCA